CUUCGUACUGCGUCCUAGGUAUAAUGAUUGUAACUUUUACGGGGGGUUUUACCCUGUUCUCCACUGAAGCCACCCUAGGUAGUAAACCUACUUCUACAAUGAUUACGCCUGGUACGAAGUUUAUACUUCGAAGUAUCCUUAGACAAACCCUCAUAUAGAGCGAGAAAAUUGUGUUGAGUCACCAAAUUUGGGAUACCCCCUCCCCUGGUGCCCCGAACCUUGGCCUAUCGUGCUGAAGGCAUAAAAGGCACAAGAUGCCCCUCUGAGGUACGCUAGGAACCAUCAGCCAACCUCUCAGAAGCCAACUCAGAAUCAACUUACUACUAGUACAAUAAAAACCUCCUAUCGCUAUCUCAACAUGAAGUUCUUCACCCUUCUUGUGUCCCUCAGCCUCGCAUCCGUCAGCAUCGCAGCAGCUGUUCCCGGUUACGUAACCGAAGGGCUGUUGAAGAGACAGGGAACGCCAACGCCGAUACCCCUCUCGAAUUGUCAGAGCAUUUGUGGUACAUAUGUCAGUAGAUAUUUUUACUAUCACAGCUAUCAACUGUAUACUAACUUUGUUUAAAUGUAGCCGGUUCUAAAAUGCGUUGAAGAUGGUAAUAUUAUUGGCUACGCUUGCGGAGUAUGAUUUGGGAGAAAAGGGAUACUAUGAGGGGUAUUCGCGGAACCGUAGGCUAGAAGGCCUGGGUAGCAUGUACCUUAUAUUACGAUGUUGGAUAAAUUGAAGUCAGAAGCUAUAGCUGACAUGCGAAAAUGCUUUUGUGGAGUUGUGAAUGUAC